AUGUCCGCAGAUCUGCUAGCAGAGUUUGGUCAGUCGCCUGCUCCAGAUAAUAGGUCCAAACAGCCAUCGCAACACCAGAAAAACUCAUUCUUCGAUGUCGAAGAUGGCAUUGAUUUCUUUGGGUCCGGAAGCGUGCAGCACAACAAACGUCCCGAUCCGACGGGAGCAGUCAGUCAAUUUGCAACUCCAUUAGCUUCAUGGCAGAGUCCUAGUAAUCAGGGAUUUGACCUACCCUUGAAUCCAAACAGCGACGUAUUGUUCGAUGCAGAAUUCGACACACCAGCAAGUGAUGCAGACGACGACUGGGGUGAAUUCGAAGGCCCUGAAUCAAACACUCUACACCCACAACCAACAAAUCUUCAGCAAUCAACGAUAGCUACAUCUAGCAAAACAGAGCCUCGGCGAGAUGAUCCCCAGGUUUCUAGAACAAUUGACUUGCUAGAUUCACUCUCAGUGGAAGAUUCUGCACUAGCUGUGAAGCAUCCGUCAAGUAUUGCCAAACAGAACCAACACAUCCAACCUAGUAAUAACCGAAACCAGCCGGCAUGGGAGGAUGAUUCGUUUGGUGACUGGGGCGAUUUCGCCGAUGCGCCUGCUACCAAACCUCCCCCCAAGGUCUCUGAGAAGAAAACAAAACCACCUACAAGGCCGCCUGUCAAAUCCAACAAGCCGCCUGCAUCAACCUGGGAUGAUGAUACCUUUGAGGACUGGGGUGAUUUUUCAGAUGGGCCUAGUGUGAAGCCUGUGACCAAAUCCAAACCCACCCCACCACCGACAGCCGCUAGCCCAGCUCCUAACAGCUUUGCCACAACCCCUGUCACCGUCCGUCCAACAAAUAUCCCACCGCCAUCGGUCCUUCUCGAGUUAUUCUUAGAUGUGUUCGAGAAUCUUCAGAAAGAGGCUACACUCGCAAAAUCCCAGCUGCGAUCCUCGGCCCCAUCCUCAUCCUCAAAGAUCAUUUCCACAACAGCCCUGAAUAUUCACAAUGUGCUUCAAUCGGCCGCCCGCGUAAUUGCUGGGCGAAGUCUCCGGUGGAAACGUGAUACGAUUCUUAGUCAAAGCAUGCGAAUCGGGCCUGCCCGUUCCGGUAAAUCUGGUGGUAUGAAACUUAACAGCGUGAACAAGCAAGAAAAUAUUAAAGAAGAACAAGACGCUGUUGACGUGCUUACUACUUGGCGUGAACGGGCGGCAAUUUUCAACGCUGUUCUACAAGCUGCAGGCCAGCGACCAAUCCCUACGGUCCCAGAUCCUAGUGCACUUAAGGUUAUUACAGCGCGGGCGGACCAGGGCGCAUUGAAGGCCUCCCAUCCAUGUGCACUCUGCUCACUUAAGAGAGAUGAGAGAGUUUUACGGGUGGACGAACAAAAUGUUCAAGAUAGCUUCGGGGAAUGGUGGACUGAGCAUUGGGGCCACACAGCAUGCAGACAAUUUUGGGAGACAAACCGAAAUCUCCUUGGGCAGCGUUGA